AAAGAGAGAGAAAGAGAGAGAGAGCGCGACAGAAAGAGAGAGAGAGCGCGACAGAAAGAGAGAGAGCGCGCGACAGAAAGAGAGAGAGAGCGCGACAGAAAGAGAGAGAGCGCGACAGAAAGAGAGAGAGAGCGCGACAGAAAGAGAGAGAGCGAGCGCGACAGAAAGAGAGAGAGAGCGCGACAGAAAGAGAGAGAGAGCGCGACAGAAAGAGAGAGAGCGCGACAGAAAGAGAGAGCGAGCGACAGAAAGAGAGAGAGCGCGACAGAGAAAGAGAGAGAGCGCGACAGAGAGAAAGAGAGAGAGCGCGACAGAAAGAGAGAGCGAGCGCGACAGAAAGAGAGCGAGCGCGACAGAAAGAGAGCGAGCGCGACAGAAAGAGAGCGAGCGCGACAGAAAGAGAGCGAGCGCGACAGAGAGAGAGCGAGCGCGACAGAAAGAGAGAGAGCGCGACAGAAAGAGAGAGAGCGCGACAGACAGAAAGAGAGAGAGAGCGCGACAGAAAGAGAGAGAGAGCGCGACAGAGAGAAAGAGAGAGAGCGCGACAGAGAGAAAGAGAGAGAAGAGCGCGACAGAAAGAAAGAAGAGAGAGCGCGACAGAAAGAGAGAGAGCGCGACAGAAAGAGAGAGAGAAGACAGAAGCGCGACAGAGAGAGAGAGAGAGCGAGCGCGACAGAAAGAGAGAGAGAGACAGAGAGAGAGCGACAGAGAGAAAGAGAGAGCGAGCGCGACAGAAAGAAAGACAGAAAGAGAGAGCGAGCGCGACAGAAAGAGUUUGUUGGUGAUGUGGACACCAAGGAACUUGAAGCUCUCAACCUGCUCCACUACAGCCUCGUUGAUGAGAACGGGGGCGUGCUUAGUCCUCAAACUUAA